AUGGUUGUGCGCAACACCGGGCUCCUGUCCGCGCUGCCGGCUCUGCCGAGCUCGUUAGUGCUGCUCCUCUGCGGCUGUCUGUCCGGCGCUGGGAGGAGCGGAGCGCUCAAGGCGCUUCCCUGUUCCUUUCAAUACAAGGCUGGAAAGACGCAGACAAACUUCUACAUUAUCAUAGAAAAAUGUGUCUCCUUUACAGCUAAACUACUUUUUUUAAUCUGGCUUUUCUUGGAGAAAUUGAUUCCAUCAACACCUGGUGCAUAUGAAGCACGGAUGGAUUCUAAAUUAAGUUUCACCAUAAAACGAAACGUGUGGUUUUUAUUAUUUUAUUGUAUUCUACUGUACCAAGCACUUAUUUCGUGGAGUGUAGACAAUGUGAUCUUACCUGGCAGGGAUGCUCUUGAAAACAGAAGCAGCAGUAUAAUACUGCAGAAAUGGGAUACUAGUUCCCAGGGAUUGCAGGGAUCACCAGUAACUGCUACCACAUUAUCUACUACAGCAGUACAUUUAAUUGAAGGGCUGAAGCCACUACGGACCAGAGCUUCAGAACCCUGUACAUUUCCCUGUCUCAAUGGAGGAGAAUGUGUACAUCCAGCAUCAUGCAAUUGCAGCCAAUAUGAAGCAACAGGAGUGCGGUGUCAAACAGUUCCAAACAAAGGGUUUGAAAGAGAAUUGAUCUGCCGGACGUGGGGACAAUAUAAUUAUGAGACAUUUGAUGGGCUUUAUUAUUACUUCCCUGGAAAGUGCACUUAUACUCUAGUGCGAGAAUGUGACGAUGCAGUGCAGCCAAGCUUUAUGAUACAGGUCCACAAUGAUCCAACAUGCCAUUCAUCUACAUACCAAUGUGCUCGAUCGGUCAGCCUGUUUCUUCCAGGGGACGGAGAGCUCAGAUUACAGAAAUACAAUAUUACUUUCAGAGGACAAAGCAUUCAGCUUCCACACAGUGUGCAUGAUGUAGAGAUAGAGAGGAUAUCUCAGUACAUCUUGGUAACCCAACAGCAUGGAUUUACACUGGCCUGGGAUGGCAUCAAGGCAUCAGUGUACCUCAAAAUGAGCCCAGAAUAUGUGGGCAGAACAUGUGGAUUGUGUGGAAAUUUCAAUGCAGAUGUGCAAGAUGAUCUGAAAACCAGCUUUGGUUUGCUCACACAUGAUGUUGCUCUGUUCGGAAACAGCUGGAUGGAGACGGAGCCCCUUCAGCAGAUGUGCUCCACUGUGCCUGCAGACUAUACCUCUCCGUGUUCAUCACAUGACCCCAGAGCACAACAGAACAUGCAUGAGUGGUGUGGCUUGCUCCUCAAACCUCCGUUUAAAUACUGCCAUGAGUUUGUCAGCCCAUUCCCUUUCAUGGCCAGCUGUUUCAAUGAUCUGUGCAUUACUGGACCUAAUGCUAGCGAUGAGGUACUGUGCCAAACGCUGGCAGAAUAUGCCCGGGCCUGUGCUCACUCUGACCACCCCCUGCAUGACUGGAGAGCACAGAUUCCACAGUGUGCAGUGGAAUGUGAUGACAAAUUCGUAUACAGAGAAUGUAUCACCUGCUGUCCUGUCUCCUGUAGUAUUGACAAGAUGUGUAUUGAUAGCAAACUUCAGUGUCUGGAUGGAUGCUACUGCCCUGAAGAUCUGAUCUACGACAACGGGAGCUGUGUGCAGCCGUCGGAGUGCCCAUGUGACUAUCAUGGGAUGGUUUUCUCCCCUGGACAUAUAGUCCAAGAAGAAUGCAAUAACUGCACCUGCGUGGGUGGAUACUGGAACUGCACAGACCACCGCUGUCCAGGAGAGUGUUCUGUUACCGGAGAUAUUCACUUUCAGACCUUGGAUGGACAGGUGUACACAUUUCAAGCCACAUGUCAGUACGUUCUGGCAAAAAGCCGCACUUCUGGAAAGUUCACGGUCACAAUACAAAACGCCCCAUGUGGAGUGAACCUAGAUGGAGCCUGUAUCCAAUCAGUUAGCCUGGUUGUUGAUGAGGAUCCAAGGAAGGAGAUUACAGUGACUCACAAUGGGGAGGUGUAUGUGUUCAGCCAGUACAGAAUCGCACUGCCAUUUACAGAUGAUACAUUUCUCAUCCAAGAGCUCUCUUCAAUGUUUAUACAAAUUAAAACAAUGGAUGGCUUGCGUCUGCAGUAUAAUUGGAAAGAGGCCAGACUGUACCUGCAGCUGGAUGAAGUUUGGAAAGAAGAUACUAUUGGUCUCUGUGGAACAUUUAAUGGAAACAUUCUAGACGACUUCCUGUCUCCAGCAGGGAUGAUUGAAAGCACUCCUCAGCUCUUUGGUAAUUCCUGGAAGCUUUCCUCUGCCUGUGUUCCAGGACAUAGCAUCCCCCAGCUUGACCCAUGUGACAUUCACCAGCAGGCAGCCUCCUAUGCAGUGGAGAAGUGUGAGAUCCUGAACCAGGAGCUGUUUUCCCGCUGUCAUGAGUACCUGAGUCCUGUGCCCUUUCACCAGCAGUGCAAGUCAGACACCUGCAAAUGUGGGAAGAUGUGUCUGUGUGGUGUUCUGGCUCAUUACGCUCGGCAGUGCAGAAAAUAUGGAGUCAUUAUAGACUUCAGAGCCCACAUCUCUGAGUGCACUGUUCAGUGCCCAGAGACAAUGGUAUAUGGGCCAUGUGUGUCCUCCUGCCCUCAGCGCUGCCCAUCCUUGGUUACACCAGAGCAUUGUGGGGAGGAGUGUGAGGAGGGCUGUGCCUGCCCACCAGGGACAUAUUACAGCAGCAAAGCCCUGCGGUGUGUGCAGAAAAAUGAAUGCUCCUGCAGUUUCCUUGGUGUUGAAUAUGCGCCUGGAGAUAUUAUAAUGACUUCUUCAGGAAUGCAGGUUUGUAAAGAUGGGAGAAUGAUCUCCCAAAGUUCCAGUACCGAAAAAAGUUGCCCAUCUGGCCAGCUCUAUGUUGGGUGUAGAGAUUCUCUGGAUGGCACAGCCCUGAGUGAAGGAACAGCCUGCGAGCAGACCUGUGAGAGCUACCUGCUGAACCUCACCUGCUCAGGACAUGAACCCUGUGUUUCAGGCUGCGUUUGCCCUCCAGGGCUUCUGAAACAUGGGGACGAGUGUUUUGAGCCUGCUGCCUGCCCAUGUUUAUGGAAAGGAAAGGAAUAUUAUCCUGGAGAUAAAGUAAUGUCUCCAUGUCAUAGCUGUGUCUGCCAGCACGGAUCAUUUCAAUGCGACUUCCACCCCUGUCCGUCCAUGUGCACAGCUUAUGGAGACCGCCACUACAGGACCUUUGAUGGACUACUCUUUGAUUACGUUGGUGCUUGUAAAGUCUAUUUAUUAAAGAGUGGUAUAGACUUAACUAUGACUAUAACAGCAGAAAAUGUGGACUGCUAUGACAGUGGAGUCAUUUGUAGGAAAUCCUUAUUAAUCAACGUAGGAAAAUCUUUCAUUGUGUUUGACAAUGACAGUGGAAAACCGAACCCUUCAAGUUUGAUUGACAAGCAUCAAAAUGUGUUCAUAUGGCAAGCUGGAUAUUUCACAAUUGUGCACGCCCCUGAUGAAGAUAUCACUGUUCUCUGGGAUAGAAGAACAACCAUCCACAUUCAGGCUGGUCCGCGCUGGCAGGGCAAACUGUCGGGUUUGUGUGGGAAUUUCGACAUGAAGACAGUGAAUGAAAUGAGGACUCCAGAGAACAUUGAUUCUGCAACCCCGCAGGAGUUUGGGAACAGCUGGACAGCUGCAGAGUGUGUGAACAGCCCGGAUAUCAGACAUCCCUGCAGUCUGAGUCCUCUCAGGGAGCCCUUUGCCAAGAGAGAGUGUGGGAUAUUACUGAGCGAGGUUUUCCAAGUGUGCCACCAUGUGGUUGAUGUCACCUGGUUUUAUAUGAACUGUCUGACUGAUACUUGCAGCUGUAAUCGUGGGGGAGACUGUGAGUGCUUCUGCACCAGUGUGUCUGCGUAUGCACAUCGCUGCUGUCAACAGGGAAUCAGUGUGGACUGGCGUUCACCAAAUCUCUGCCCUUAUGACUGUGAAUUCUACAACAAAGUUCUGGGAAAAGGCCCAUUUACGUUAGUCACGUAUAAGGAGAAGGAUACAGUGCUGGCAGCCAAUCUGUCAGGCGGUUCUGUUUUCCCGGAAAAGGGUGUGACUACUGUCCCAGGACUGACCAGAUAUUUUAUGAUGACCCCAGGUCUGUCCAGGGCCAGACCGCAUGACACAUCUCUAGUUUCAUUUGAAGCAGCAGAAAGGCCAAAUUAUUUUCUGCGAUUGGACCCCAGUGGACACCUGCACUUGACCAAGUGGGAAGAGAGCGACCGAUUUCAGGAUGAGACAACGUUUGUCAUUCACAGAAAUACCUGGAUUAGUGGAUACGAUUCUCUGGAGUCCUACAUCAAGCCUGGUUUCUUUCUUCACUACAUGUUGUCCUGGUUUCACCUAAUGAAGUACAACCAUUCUGCAGGCUUCCGAGAGGCAACUCUGUUUAAACUCACAGAGAACGAAUAUGGAGCUUCUUCUCAUUCCCCUUGCCAGUGGAGAUAUGAGUCGUGUGCCAGUGCCUGCUUUAAGACCUGCAGUGACCCCACAGGGCAGACCUGUGCCUCCAUACCAAAAGUGGAAGGAUGCCUCCCUCAGUGUCCACACGACAUGGUUUUAGAUGAAGUCACCCAAAGAUGCGUGCAUUUGGUAGAUUGCAUUAAGCCAACAGUUGCCAUUGAGCCAAUUACUCCCUAUAGUACUGUAUCACCACCUGCAGCUGUCACUUCUGUGUCCAUUAAUGCUACUGGUUCUCCGGGUUCAAGCCUGUCUACAGCACAUUCAGUAUCCCACACGGACACUCUCACUCAGCUCUCCACAGCUGAAACAAAGAGCACCCUUCGAACCCCAGGCAUAACUUCCCAAACAGCUCUCCCAAGUGCUACAGCCACCGCACUAAACUUUACGGGACAUGAAGCUGAGCUGACUUCUUCAUCAGCAGUUUUUAACCUGACAACUACAGCAACUGAGCUAUCAGUGUCCACAGCUGGUCCUGCAGUCCUGGAAUCUGUAACAACUGAAAAAACAUCCGAGAUCUCAACUAUGAGGCUAAUUAGCACAAGUAUCUUCAAAACAAGGCCAAGCUCCUUGUAUACUAAAAGCACAGAGCGCACAAGUACUGAAUCUACAAUGGCACCAUUUUGGCUUUCCACUACCAGUACAGCACCGGCAACUUCUAAAAGGACAACAGCCUCCUUUACAGCACUCACUGAUUCCAAAUUGCCUGCUACAGUAGCCUGGUCAUCAGGUCCUAAAGAAACCAUCAGCUUGCCUACAACAUUAUCCCUACCUUCCAAGGCGACAGACUUAACAUUAGCAACAAGUAAAGUUACAGUGCCUCCCAUGUACACAACUACAACUAUCCAAGCAGACACAUCUAAUGUUACAGAGGCAACUACUGUGACUACAGGACCUAUGACCAUGAGCAAUGAAACUACUACAAGACUAGUGGAAGUAACAUCUUCUCCCCAUGCAACUCAACCAAAGACCCCAGAAAGCACUGUUCAUUCCUCUCCAGCAGAAACUGUAAAAACAACAGAAGCUCCAACCCCAGAAGUCAAAUCUCCAAUUACUCCUGGAACCACUUCACUAAGUCCUGAAACAGAUACCAGACUCACAUCUUCAAGUACAGCACAUGCUUCUCCCCUCACAACUCUAAAAAUAAUUUCCCCUAUAACACAAAAAACAAAGCAGCCACAUACUCCUAUGAUAACAUCCAAAGUUACUGAACACCCCUUAACUACAGAAAUGAAAACAUCUAAAACACAUGGAGCUCUAUAUACAUCCUCAACUGCCCCAGUGUCCACGUUGUCUUGGGGAACAACAUCAUUGGGUGCAAUUCAACACAGCAGUGUAUCCCCAUUUUCUACUGUCACAGGGGAAACAACAUCAGUAUUCUUUACAGCACCUGGUGCCUCAACAAAAACAACAGCUCAUCCCCUGGCAGGCCUGACAACAUCUGCUACAGCUAAAAUGUCAACUCCUAAAUUAGAAGGUACAACACAAAUGGAUCAACCAACAACAAUUGCUUCAACUGAAAAAACUACAUCAUUUACUGGUGCACCAACCACAAAAAGUACCACCCCAGUGCUUACAAAGGAAAGUUUAAGAACAUCCACAAAAACAAUGCAUACUGAGCUGCAGAAAACAACUUUACAAACAUAUCCAACAGAUAAAAUAGACACUACAUCACAGACUUCAGUUUUCCCACCAUCCUCAAUUGAAGUCACUCAUACCACCUUACAACCUAUCAAAACAGCAAUGACAUUUACGCCUCUGACAACUAGAAUCACCACACCAAUUCACAGAACACACACAAGCUCAGCAACUCCAUCAUAUUCAUCUUCAGCAGAAUACACUUUAAAAACAACAACAACUCAACCAUCACUCUCAGCCAUUUCACAUCUCAGCACUAUACAAACCACAACAUAUCUUGAAUCUACAGUAACUCCUGGAUCUUUAUCUCAACUGACAACAUUAAGGACAACAGUACUGUACCAAUCACCUUCAACGACAACAUCAUCAAAACCUCCUUUCAGCACGACUGUAAGUGCAAUGUCUCCAGCUACUUCAGUGAAGCCAUCCGUCUUCACCUUACAAACAACAAGCCUCCCUACUUCCCAACCACUUUUGCAGCCUACAAGUGAAACCUCAGCACUCCCCUAUACUUCACAAAGUACAGUUCAUAAAACACCUCUUCCAGAAAGUAAACCUUAUUCAUAUUCAUCAGCCACAACUGAAACCAAAGCACCUUUGAUAUUUACAACAACUCAGAAAGCUUCCACUACUCCUUUCACAAGUCAAAGGACAACAGUUCAGCUUUUUGGAAAAUCUACCACAUCCCGAUUUUUGGAAACUACUAGUACACUUGUGGGUACCCCAAGUGUAGUUGUAUCAUCUGCAACAAGCAUGGUAUCCACAUCACCAAGUGUAUCUUCUCUAUCGCAAGUGGCACCAAGUACCACUGGAAGGACUACAGUAUCUACAGAGAAGAUGCCCACAAUGACCAGAGCUACCAAAACUACAUUUUCCACCCAGAGGUCUACUUUGGGAACAACACUGGCUGAAACCACACAGUUCAGCAUGUCUACAGGAGCCUUACAGGAAACAUCUAGUGAGACAACAACUAUGAAAAUAUUCACAGAGAGGGUCACAGAAUCAUCAUCAAUAGCACCAUUGUCUUGGGGGACUGCUACCACAUCACUUAGAUCUUCUGCCAUUCCGACUGCUGUUUCCACUCCAGCACAGCCAACAGAAAAAUUGACACAAGCCACUACUCCAACACAAACCUUAACAACAGUAGCCAGUUCAGAACCAUCUCAUCCCUCAGCUAUUGUUACACCUAAGUCAACCGAGCAGCCCUUGGUUUCGGUCACAAGUGAAAGCCAAACAACGCAGCAAGCUGUUUCGACUUCGAUGAGCAAGUCUACCGAGGCUCUGAUGACUGAAAAAACGUCUGCAGUCGCGAAUCUUACUGGAACAGCUGAAAGCUUAAAAACAACAUCUUAUGCACACCUGCUUACCUCGAAAGGAUUUCUGGGUACAGGCAUCCCCACUAGUGGUAUGUUAAUAACAUCAUCUCCACAGGUCACAACAACAGGACAAACAACGGCUUCAAUAAUAGCUUCAACCUCCAAGCUGUCCUUAACCAGUACAGCACCAAGCACCAAUAAAACUGAGUACUGGUCAACUCAAACAAGAGAACCAGGGACCACCACAGAAGACACAGGGACACCAUCAGUGUUACCACAAACUACUGACCACACAACUGUAGCUGUUUCUACGAAGAUGUGCACACCUCCCUAUUCUGAGAUUAUUGAUGAAUGCACAAAAUACGUCUGCAUGAAUGGACAACUGAUGUUGUUCAACAAGUCGCAGAACUGCCCAAACAACGCCAUCCCUCCUAACUGUGGUCUGUUGGGUUUCGCCGUCCUGGUAAAUGGUGACAAGUGCUGUCCACAGUGGGACUGUCCAUGUCGAUGUUCUGUCUUUCCUGACCUAAAUGUUAUUACCUUUGACGGCAACAGUGUGGCAAUCUAUAAAGCAGCCUCCUACAUUGUGACGCAACUUCCCAAUGAAACUGUGAGCAUUCAAGUUCAGGAGUGUCAAAGCUCAGACACGGUACUUUGGAAUUUCACCAAUUUAUGUUUGGUAGCUCUAAACAUAACACAUAAAUCUCACCAAGUUCUGAUUAACCGACUACAGAGAAGGCUGUAUGUCAACUCAAGAUAUGCAAGACCUCGAUUUAAAAAGCAUGGAUUUGAAGUUCUAGACACUGGAAACAUGUACUUAAUUAGGACACCCACAGGACUAAAAAUACAGUGGUUCCACAGCACUGGAAUGAUGAUCAUCGAGACUGAAACCUCCAGUAACAAACUGAGCACCAUGGGAUUGUGUGGCUGUUGUGAUGGCGACCCUACAAACGACCUAACAAUGUCCAACGGCACCGCUGUGGCUGAGAGCGAGGACCCGACUUUGUUCAUCGACAGCUGGCAGGUGCCGAACACGACCAGCUUCAUGGGUCAGAACCGGCGGCGGGAAGUCAACUGCUCCACCAGCGACUGCUCUGCCUGCCUGGCCAUGCUCAGCAACCACACCUUCAGCGUCUGCCACUCCUUCGUUCCUCCUUCAGUAUUUUGCGAAGUGUGGGUGCGUGAUGCCGAGUACGUGAAGAGCCCAUGCAUAGCUCUGGCAGCUUACGUGGCUGCCUGCCACAAGUACAAUAUCUGCAUAGAAUGGAGGAGCCCAGACUACUGCUCUUUCAUGUGCCCCCCGGAGCUGCGAUACCAGGCCUGCUUGCCUGCCUGUACUGCACAGACGUGUCCAAGCCAUGAGUCUGACUCUGACCCAGAGGAAUGCUCGGGACUCACGGAGGGCUGUGUGUGUCCAGACGAGACCGUCCUCCACCGGCCUUACUCCGCCCUCUGCAUUCCCAGUGAGAAGUGUGCCUGCACGGACAGUUUCGGCACGCCCCGGGCCUCGGGAGAGGUGUGGAGGGCCUCAAAGGAUGGCUGCUGCAUGUACAAGUGUGAUAACGACUCCAUCAUCCCAGUGGAGUACGACUGCACUGACAUCCCAGGGCCCGUCUGCAAGAAGACAGGGGAGGUCAUUGUCAGCCUGGCGGAUGACAAAAGCUGCUGUCCCCAGAAAGCCUGUGUUUGCAAUCACACCCUGUGUAGCCAUGACACUCCUGGAUGUAAAUAUGGUGAAAGACUAGUGUCCUACUACAGGGAGGACUCCUGUUGUCCAGAAUAUACAUGUGAAUGUGACCCUGAUCGGUGUGAAUCUGACAUUCCAACGUGCAGAGAGGACCAGACCCUGAUCGCCACGCGUGCAGACGGUAGCUGCUGUAUGGCUUACAUUUGCAUGUGUGGCACCUGCACAGACACCAUCCCGGCCUGCCAGCAGGGAGAGGUGUUCACUGUGGAUGCCAACAGCACGGACAGAUGCUGCCCUGAGUACCAGUGCAUGUGUGAGCCCUAUCGAUGCCCACCAUUCACAUGCCCAUUGGGGAUGUCAGUGGUUACUGUUUGGACUCCAGAGAGGUGCUGCCCACUGAACACAUGUGAAUGUGCAUGCGACACAAUCCCUAAACCGAAAUGUGCCCUGGGAGAAACAAUGCAAAUUGACACCCAGUUUCUCGCAGAUCCUGAGAACCAGUGUGGGUGCACUGAAUAUAAGUGUGAGAGGGAGUCCGUGUGUGUGGACGGGGAGCGGGGAGUCAUGAGGCCUGGGCAGACUCUGGUGGAGCACACGAGCGAAGGCAUCUGCUACACCACACAGUGCACCUACAGCCUGGAUCCCCUGACACAGUACUAUAGGAUCAGAGCCAGCAGCACCAACUGCUCAGCCCAGUGUCAACCAAAUCAAGUUUACUUGCCACCUAAAGACUUAACGACAUGCUGUGGGGUUUGUAAGAAUAUCUCCUGUAUUUAUCACAUGGAUAAUGGCUCUGUUGCAAUGUACAAGCCUGGGAAGACAUGGGUGUCCAAUUGCAUGAAGUAUGACUGCUCAGACACAUUAUCAGGACCUACCCUCAUCACUUAUUCCAUCAGCUGUCCUCCUUUUAACGAGACAGAGUGUAUGAAGAUUGGUGGAACAGUUGUAAGUUACAUGGAUGGCUGCUGUAAGAGCUGUAAAGAAGAUGGGAAAUCGUGCCAAAAGGUGACAGUCAGAAUGACAAUUAGAAAAAAUGACUGUAGAAGCAACAGGCCUGUUAACAUAGUGUCCUGUGAUGGGAAAUGUCCCUCAGCCAGCAUAUACAACUACAAUAUCAACACCUAUGCCAGAUUCUGCAAGUGCUGCCGAGAGAUUGGGCUACAGCGCCGUUCAGUGCAGCUGUACUGCAGUGGGAACUCCACCUGGGUCUACUACUCCAUUCAGGAGCCCACGGACUGCUCCUGCCAGUGGUCCUAAAGGCCAGCCAACAACCAGAUACACAGACUGACUUGGUCUCUGAACAUCAUGCUGCUUUCAAGGGACAAACAAAUAGAAAAAGAGGGAGAAGGAGGAUGGGAGGGGUCGGGGGGGGGGAACCAUGUACGUGUCCUACAAAAGGAAAUACUUUACUUUUCCCACCAGAGAUGGAUAAUCAAAAAUAGAGUUUUCUGCAUAUAAAACAUAAACAAGCACUGGAUCAUGAUCUCUGAUUUUGAAACUGACUAUAUUUUCAAGACAAAUAAAAAAACACAUAUCAUGACCGUCCCAUUUCUUGACUUUGUCUAA